CUUAAUAUAGCUACAUCACUUUCUUGACAUUAUCAAUAUGACAUCCUUCCUUUAUCGAUAAGUAAUCGACUUUAAAUUUCACUUUUAACCGCUGCCCCGGCAACCGGUAGCUCCAAAACAAAGAACCAUGCGCUUUAGCCCCCAAUCCUCAACACCUGCUCCCCAAGCUCUGGCAGUUAAGAAUACUUUCACUUGAAAUCAGCCAAGAAAUGUCUCACAAGAGAUUCUAUGUGAAGUUAGAUCUGCAACUCCAUGCGCUUACUUGUCCAGGCGUCUGGCUUUGUUCUCACGGGUUUUUGGAGGCCACUAUCAAGACCUUGGGCUACUACUUUCGAACUGGAGCCAUGGAACCGCGUUUCCCAAUGCUGUGCCACGAUCAAUUCACAAUGGAAGGAUAUUUCAAGAGCGUGGGUUGCCUGGAGGAUAUGCACGAGUUACUGAGAGCUGAACAGUUGGAGAUAACCGUCUGGCAGAAUGGUCGAAGGUUGGCUUACUUCGUGGGAAAUCUCUCGGACGUGAUGCAGCCCACUUUUCCCCGCUUGAGCUGUGCCCACAGCUCCAAUGUCCAGCUGCUGAUGAAGGCGACGCCCGCUUUCCCAGGAAUCCUGGCGCCAAAAGUGGAGCUCUCUGCCCAAUUGACCACACAGGAUCGGAGAAAAGGCUGCAGUUGCAAUAGUUUCAAAGAGCAUGUUCCUCCGGUCAAUCGCCAUGUGGAAAGCCGAUGUCUGAGCCAUUUUGACCAUCCCCGAAAGCAGCAAACAGUGUGUCAUGGCAGAAAAUCCAAUUGUUGUCCAAAUGCAGGUUACGCUGCUUGGAGAGGCACAUCACCAGAACAACAGAAACAACAGGAGCGUCGUCUGUCCACUUGUUCCAGCACAACCCAAAUGAGCAGUCUUAGCCAGAGUUCCUCCCUGACGCAGUACAGCCAUUUGUCCAGCUGUAGUAGCGCUUUGGAUGACCACCACAACAGUUGUGAGAUAUGUCAGGCAUAUAAGCGAAUGUUUUCAGCUUUUUAAAUAAAUUAUAAAAUAUUAAAUAUUGUAAUGUUUCAUUCAGAUUACAGGAAUUUAGUUGCUGA